AACCCGCCAUCCACAACGAAAGAACGAACGGCCAUUUUAUAUUAAUCAUAAACCGGCUUGGUUAUUAUGAUUAUAUAUUUUAUUAUGAAUAUAUAUUUUAUUUAAUAAUAGUUAGAUGAUCUGCGGUGCUGCUAUUAGUGUUUUUAGUUUUUCUGUUGUUCCAUUGUGUUUUAUGGUAACAAUGGCAUUUGUGGGUGUAGAAUUUUCCGAAAAUGGUUUAAUAUGUUUGGUUCAUUCUUCCUGGUUCACCCCUUUGAAGCAGAAUGUUUUGUGGCCACCAUACAGAACGAGUGCUGCUUUCAAUAGUGCUCUCACACUAUGUGAAGAACCAAAUGAACAUAAUUGGAAGUUGUCUGGAGUAAAAAGAAUAUUUUUUGAAUGUGAUGAUCUCAACAAGGCACAAAAAAAACUGAAGAAAUGCGAAUAUAAUUCGGACAACCUUACUUCAGAUUGUGAGGGAGAGCGAACUAGGAGAAAAUUCGUUAGUAGAAGGAUUUUGAGUGACAGUGAAAGUGAAGGAGAAACAGUAUCAAAUCUGAUAAGGCCUCCAUCUUUCCAAAAAUAUAUUUCUGUGAGUGGCUCUGGUAAGUCAGCUUCUAGGCCGAUUGUGAAACCAAAUUCACAGAUAUCUCCACCAACUUUCAUUAGACAAAGUACAGAAUUGCUUUCUCAAACACCUGGGGGAUCACAUUCGCAAUCAGUUCUUCCAAUAUACAGUCUGAAGAGAAUACAGGUAGAAUUCAUCCAAAAAGUAGGUUCUUUUAUUUGUUUAAUACUGUGAAUAAUUUUUUUUUUAUAUAUAAUAGAUUUAGAGAAAAUUUUUCUGGAAUUGAAAAAGUUGAGAGAAGGGGUCAAGGAAGUAAAGACUCUUUUAAAAAACUCUCGAAGUUUAGUAGUUGCUAGUCUACCCAAUGACAUACCCGUGCAGUUUCCAAUAGACGAUCAAAGGAGGUUUGAAAAUUUGGAACAAUAUUUGAAAUCCGAAGAAAAAUUUAAUGAUUUGGUAAGUACUUUUUACAUAGAAUUUCAUUAAAAGUGAAUUAAGAAUUAGACAUCUCCCAUUGAUUUAAGUGUAAUUGUAAUCUAAAUAUUUAUUGUACUUACUCUAAAAUAGAAUUUUGUGAUAGUUUUAUUAUGGAGGUCUAUUAUAGUAGUUUUAUUUUUUGCUUUGGGCAUCCUACCUUUCCUCAAUUGGAGGAAAUGGCACCACAGCUCAUGUUAAUAGAAUCAUGAGACUACUCUUGACCAACGGUUUGGCCAAAUUGUAUAAUUUUGCUGGGCAGAGAAACAAUAAAGUGCCAUUUUCCAACACUUUAGUGAAAUCUGUCAUCAUUCGUAAGUACUAUUCGUUGUUUUUGUGUGGUACUGCCUAAAUUCGUCCUUCAUAAAGCAUAAUAGAAUAAUACUAUUUUUUUAUUUCUGCGACAGGGAUAAUUCUCAUUAAAUAACCACUCAUUUAUUUCGUUACAGGUGCCAUACAAAUCAAAACUCCCUUGACCUCUCAAGCAGAUGUGGAAAAUGCUAUCAAAAUAUGGCUAAAACAUGCCAAACAACGUGAGCAAAAAAGAAAUGCUGGUGCUCUGGUUUGAUUGUAUUAUCAACUACUUUUUAUGAAUUAUUAGCAUAUAUUUUUAUUUUUAAAAAUGUCAAAACGUAAGUUGAAAGAAUUGGUUGGUUCAAGACAAAAGUGUAGAAGGGCUUUACAAGCGACCAAACAAGAAUUUCAAUAUAAGUCAAGAACCUCUGUUAACCCUGGACGGGGUGCAGAAAAUGUUGAUGAAACAAAUGACUGCUUUUUCUUCAAUGAUACUAUUAGCAGCAACACUAGUAGUACUAGUACUAGUACAUCAUCUGUUAAAGUUGAUAAAUCAAUCAGUUCUGAUAACAAUGAUUCAUUAUGCACAGAAACUUCUAUUGCUAAUGAUUUGGCUGAAUGGGCUAUAAAACAUAAAAUUUCACUUUCUGCUUUGACACACCUACUUCAUUUGCUUCAUCCUUACCACCCUGAACUUCCUUUAGACAGUCGUACCUUGUUAUCAACCCCAAAAUUUACACCAAUUGUUGAUAUAGAAUCUGGUCAGUUCUGUUAUUUUGGAUUGAGGAGUGCUCUUUCUAAGCUUAUUUCAAAUGAUACUUGUGUAGACAAAAUUCAAAUUAGUUUUAAUGUUGAUGGCAUUCCACUCUUCAAAAGUUCAAAAAUGCAGUUUUGGCCUAUUUUGGGAUUAAUAAAAAAUAUUUCUGGUAGUAGACCUUUUGCAAUUUCCAUUUUUUGUGGAAAAAAUAAACCACAUCCUUUAAAUACAUUUCUUCAUCCAUUCAUAGUAGAAUUGAAAGAUUUAUUGCAAAAUGGUUUUGUUAUUUGUAACAAACACUUCACAUUAGAGGUACAUAGUUUUGUGUGCGAUGCACCUGCAAGGGCCUAUCUAAAAGGCACUAAAUUCCACUCAGGAUAUUCCUCUUGUGAUAGAUGCACAAUUCACGGAGAAUAUUAUAAACACAAGGUAGUUUUCAAUGGUUUAAAUGGUCAGAAACGCACGAAUGAAUCUUUUCGCUUACAAUUGGAUGAUGAACAUCAUAUCUCGCAGACUAGUUUUCUUGAAUUACCAAUUGAUCUAAUUAGUAGUUUUCCGAUUGACUACAUGCACAACAUUUGCUUAGGAGUAGUUAGAAAGCUACUGAAUACUUGGAUUGCAGGAUCCUUGAAGGUUAGAUUACAACAUCAGAGAGUUAAAAUGAUUUCAGAACGAUUGCUCAACCUUAAAAAUAUGAUACCAGUAGAAUUCAAUCGAAAACCCCGUUCGCUUAAUGAACUAAAUUAUUGGAAAGCUACUGAAUAUAGAAUGUUUUUAGUGUACUUAGGUCCUUUGGUUCUUAAAGAUAUUGUGGAUUUAGCUAUAUAUGAAAACUUUCUUGCUCUUCAUUUUUCUGUUUCAAUAUUGUUAUCACAGAGCCAUAUUGAAAAAUUUAAAAUCCCUUUUGUGAGAAAUAUCAUAAAUGUAUUUAUCAAACAUUCAAAAUCUUUGUAUGGUUUGGAGUUCAUGGUUUAUAAUGUACACUUAAUGUCACAUCUUUGUGAUGAUGUAGAUUUAUUAGGCAAAUUGGACAAUUUUUCGACUUUUCCGUUUGAAAAUUAUUUGGGAGAGAUAAAAUCAUUAAUAAAAUCUCCAACCAAUCCCCUACAACAAGUUCAUCGACGACUUGUUGAAAAGGAUUUUUUAAUUUCACAGCCAGUAUCUAAUAUGACGUAUAAAUUGGAAAGUAAACAUACAUUGGGACCACUUAUUUUUGACGAAAAUUUGAAAUGGAAUCAACAGUUUCAUAAAUUGAGAUUACCAGGCAUAACAUUAUCAGCAUGUAAUCAUUCUAAGGCGGAUAGUUAUGUUUUAAUUGGGAAUAAAAUAGUUGAAAUUCAUAAUAUAGUAAAAUCUGCUGACAGUCAAAUAUAUCUUAUUGGCAAAGAGUUUCUUGGCUAUUCAGACUUAUAUACAUAUCCAUAUCCUUCCAGCAAUUUAAAUAUUUUCAUAGUUGAAAAUCUCACAGAUCUCAAAAUAUGGCCUGUUGGGAAAAUAACUGCCAAAUGUAUUGUUCUUGAAUUAAGGGGUUCUCUAAUGGCGAUGCCUAUUAUUCAUAGCCAAUUUUAGGUUCUUUUUUCCAAUUUUUCAUGCAAAUAGAGCAGUCAUUUGUUUCACAGGACGUUUUACAUUUUAAAAUAUUACUUUCAUAAUAAAUAAACCAUAUACUAUUCAGUAUUUCUAAUUUGAACAGAUAUUACAAUACAUUGUUAAUUUGUGUUAUGAAAACUGGAAUUUUAAGUUUCUUUUGCAGUUGUAUCAUGUUUUUCAUGCUAUUGAUAAAUAAAUUUUAUCAAAAUAAUA